AUGAGGCCUCUCAAGACCACCUUUCUCUGGCAGGGCCUGAGGGGUCUGGUCAUUGCGACAAUUCUCUUCAGCAAUGUCCAUCAUGUGAUUUCAGAAAACACCCCAAAUCAUGGCCAAGACCAUCCCGUAGUCACCAAUGGUUCAGGGAAUUGUGGAGGGACUACCAAAUGCUUAAAGGGGGUGGUUUUGCCUGUUUGGGAACCUCAAAACCCCUCAUUCGGGGACAAGGUGGCACGAGCCACUGUAUAUUUUGUGGCUCUGGUUUAUAUGUUCCUCGGAGUGUCCAUCAUUGCUGACAGAUUCAUGGCAUCCAUUGAGGUCAUCACCUCUCAGGAGAAGGAGAUUACUAUCAAGAAGCCAAAUGGUGAGACCACAACGACAACUGUACGUAUCUGGAAUGAAACCGUGUCCAACCUUACCCUCAUGGCUUUGGGAUCUUCUGCUCCAGAGAUCCUGUUGUCUGUUAUUGAAGUCUGUGGGCAUGGGUUUGAUGCUGGUGAGCUUGGGCCUUCCACCAUUGUGGGUAGCGCGGCUUUCAAUAUGUUUGUGAUCAUUGGAAUCUGUGUUUACGUGGUUCCAGACGGAGAGCACCGCAAGGUGAAACACCUUCGCGUGUUUUUUGUCACGGCUGCCUGGAGUAUCUUCGCUUACCUCUGGCUCUAUCUGAUUCUUGCUGUCAUCUCACCGGGUGUUGUCCAGGUGUGGGAGGGGCUUUUGACCCUCUUCUUCUUCCCCAUUUGUGUCGUGUUUGCCUGGAUUGCAGACCGACGCCUGCUGUUCUACAAAUAUGUUUACAAGCGGUACAGGGCUGGCAAGCAGCGUGGCAUGAUCAUUGAGACUGAAGGUGACCGGCCACUGCCAUCCAAAGUUGACAUUGAGAUGGAUGGGAAGAUGUUGAACUCCCAUGCUGUUGACUUUCUGGAUGGGACCUUGGCUUUGGAUCUGGAUGAUAAGGAUUUGGAUGAAGAGGAAGCUCGCCGUGACAUGGCCAAGAUCCUGAAGGAGCUGAAACAGAAGCAUCCAGAUAAAGAAGUUGAACAGCUGAUCGAACUCGCCAACUACCAAGUCCUCAGCCAGCAGCAGAAGAGUCGAGCAUUUUACCGUUGCCAGGCAACACGCCUGAUGACAGGUGCUGGGAACAUUCUGAAGAAGCAUGCAGCAGAUCAGGCCAGGAAAGCCGUGAGCAUGCAUGAGGUCCGAUCUGACACCGGCGAGAAUGAUCCAAUCUCCAAGAUCUACUUUGACCCUGGUUCCUACCAGUGUUUGGAAAACUGUGGAACAGUGGCGGUGAACGUGGUUCGGCGAGGUGGAGACAUCACACAAACAGUGUCCGUGGAUUUCCGAACCGAAGAUGGCACGGCAAAUGCUGGCUCAGACUAUGAGUUCACUGAGGGCACGGUGGUGUUCAAACCAGGUGAGACACAGAAAGAGAUCCGUGUCGGAAUCAUAGACGAUGACAUCUUUGAGGAGGACGAGAACUUCUUGAUCCACCUAAGCAAUGUCCGCGUAGUCUACGAAGGUGCAGAACCCGACACUACUGAAGCCAAUCACGUGGAGACCAUGGCAACACUUGGCCUGCCCUCCACUGCAACUGUGACCAUUUUCGACGAUGACCAUGCAGGAAUCUUCACAUUUGAGGAGCCGGUGGUUCAUGUGAGUGAGAGCGUUGGUGUGAUGGAGGUGAAGGUUUUGCGUACAUCUGGAGCCCGUGGCGUUGUCAUGGUACCCUACAAGACCAUUGAGGGGUCAGCUCGAGGAGGAGGAGAGGACUUUGAGGACACCCAUGGAGUUCUGGAGUUCCAAAAUGAUGAGAUCUUGAAGACGAUAUCAGUCAGGUUACUCGAUCGAGAGGAGUACAGUAAACAGUGCAGUUUCUACAUACUGCUACAAACACCACAGUGGAGAAGGAGAGGAUGGACAGAUCAAAGAGAGGAUCAGAAGGAGGCGGGACAGGAAGAGGAGGAGCCAUUGACUGGGCAGGAGGAAGAGGAACGACGUAUUGCUGAGAUGGGGAAACCCACACUAGGAGACCAUGUCAAACUGGAGGUCAUCAUUGAGGAGUCUUACGAGUUCAAGAACACUGUAGACAAACUGAUAAAGAAAACCAACUUGGCUCUUCUGGUUGGAACAAACAGCUGGAGAGACCAGUUCAUCGAAGCCAUCACAGUCAGCGCUGGUGAGGAUGAUGACGAUGAGGAGUGCGGAGAGGAGAAGCUGCCAUCCUGUUUCGAUUAUGUCAUGCACUUUCUGACCGUUUUCUGGAAGGUUCUGUUUGCAUUUGUCCCACCCACUGACUACUGGAACGGAUGGGCGUGUUUUGUGGUGUCAAUCAUCAUGAUUGGGCUUUUGACAGCAUUGAUUGGGGACCUGGCCUCUCAUUUUGGCUGCACUGUCGGCCUCAAAGAUUCUGUGACUGCUGUCGUUUUCGUGGCUCUCGGAACCUCUGUACCAGACACGUUUGCCAGUAAAGUGGCGGCGACACAGGACCAGUACGCUGAUGCAUCCAUCGGUAACGUGACCGGCAGUAACGCGGUGAACGUGUUUUUGGGGAUUGGCGUGGCUUGGUCCAUCGCUGCCGUAUAUCACCACGCCAAAGGCAAGGAGUUCCGGGUGGAUCCGGGGAACCUGGCCUUCUCCGUCACCCUCUUCACCAUCUUCGCCUUCAUCUGCGUGGCCGUGCUGCUGUACCGGCGCCGGCCCGAUAUUGGCGGAGAGCUGGGAGGCCCGCGGACUGCUAAAGCACUCACCACCAUGCUGUUUGUCAGCCUCUGGCUGCUUUACAUUCUCUUCUCCUCUCUGGAGGCUUACUGCCACAUCAAGGGCUUCUAA